AAACAGUCUUCAGCUUCAGGAGGUGCAGAAAUGUCUUUUCUGUGCUCUUUGACUCUUUACAACAGGAAGUAAACAGGAACAAUAACUGAACCGGUGAUCAUUAAGAUAACAUACCUCUGUAUCAGUGUCAGUAACGAUGGAGGAAUAUAACUCUGGAGAUGAGGUUGUCUUCAAUGCCGACGAGGUUAAUAUCUCAGUUAAAGAGUGUAUCGAAGGUGUUAUUGGUGGAACAGAUUACAACCAGAGUAAAGUGAACCAGUGGACGGCCAGUAUAGUGGAGCACUCUCUGACUCACCUGGUAAAACAAGGACGGCCGUUCAAAUACAUAGUAAACUGUGCGGUCAUGCAGAAGAGCAGCGCUGGUCUCCACACAGCCAACUCCUGCUACUGGGACACUGCCACUGAUGGAAGCUGCACAGUGAGGUGGGAGAAUCGCACCAUGUACUGUGUGGUCAGUGUGUUUGCUGUUGCUGUGGCGCUGUGAGCUGCUCUUUCUCUCUCUCCUAACACCAUCAUGUCUGAAGCUUGAAAUGGCACGGUGACCAAGAAGCCAUGAAGAUCCUCUGAUGAUACCCUCUGUAUGUACAAGUAGCUUAUUUCUCCCCACAGGCUUGAACAACUUAUCGUCAGGAUAAGAAUUGUGGCUUGUGAGUCAAUAGCCUGCGUUUGUGUGAGAAAAUGUUGCUUUGUCAGGACCAAAGUCAGAAUUCAACCCUGAAGCAAUGACUUAUUUGGUCAGCAGAUGUUAAGAAGUUAAAACUAAAUAUUUUUGUCCCAAAUUUUGUAAUCUGUGUAUAACGUAAAGCCUGAUUAGUUUUAGCCAUGCUAGCAGCAAGACUCUGGGGAUGGCAGUGUCAGUCAGUCCACCACUUUGGUCCAGACUGAAAUAUCUCAACGACAAUUGGAUAUAUUGACAUUCAAUUUGCUACACACAUUCAAGCCUCCAUCAGGAUAAAUUGUAAUGAGUUUGGUGAUCCUCUGACUUUUCUGCUAGUGCUAUCAUCAGGUCAAAAUUCUUAUUUGUCCAAUACUUGGAACUAACUAAAUUCCCAUCAGCCUCAGCUCUACUUUGUGAUUAGCAUGCUAAUGUUAGCCUUUUGCUUUGCCUAAGUACAGCCUGGGGGAGCUGCUAGCAUGGCUUUAGACUAUUUUCAUUUGUCUCCUUCAGUACAUUCCCUCAUAAAACAGUUGCUGUAGUUUGGUAUUUAUGAAAAGUCUGACUGUUGUGUUUUAGUAGUGUUGGGAAUUUCCUACUCUGUGUCCCCCGUUUUGGGACAAUGUGUCUGACUCCAAUAAAAAACCUACUAUAUAUA